GCGUGAUGCAUGAGACGCGAGUUCGCAGCGUUGGCAGACUGUUGCCUUCCGCGUAUUGAAAAUAGUGCUGUACUUGCUAGACUAGACAGAGCAGUCAAGCAUCAUAAGCCCGAGACAUCCCCCCGAUUGUGGCAGCUGCCACUUGUGGAGUGGGUGCCACAGGUAGGCUUAGGGGAGACGCUCAGGAUAACGCAUGCAUUAGUAGCGUGAAGCAACACCCCAAAUUACAUGACAUGGCCAUCGCGUUUGGUAGAAGCCCUCAUGCAGUGGCGGUGGGCAAAACAUUCAUUGUGGAAGCCAUCGUCUGUUUUGCUGGUCCAACACUACCCGUCAGCAAA